AGUACCGCCUAGUGAAUGAGUUACGGACACGCUUCCUUUUGUUGAGGGCUUUUAGUAACGUUUCUCACAGUAAUAGCGAUAAUAAUAAAUCAUAACAAAUAACAUUUAACUUUUUUAUUUUCACUCAGCCGUAAACGAGGAUGAGCGGAGGAGUAUAUGGAGGAGAUGAGGUCGGAGCCCUGGUGUUUGACAUCGGAUCCUACAGUGUGAGGGCUGGAUAUGCAGGAGAGGACUGUCCCAAGGCUGACUUCCCCACUGUGUUCGGGAUGACCUUAGACAGGGAGGAUGGCAGCAACCCGAUGGAGACGGAGGGGGGCAAGGCUAAGCAGAGCGGCACCACCUACUACAUCGACACCAACCAGCUCAGGGUCCCCAGGGAGAACAUGGAAGUCAUGUCCCCACUGAAAAACGGCAUGAUCGAGGACUGGGACAGUUUCCAAGCCAUUUUAGAUCACACGUACAAGAUGCACUUCAAGUCGGAGCCCAGCUUGCACCCGAUGCUCAUGUCCGAGGCCUCGUGGAAUACAAGAGCAAAGAGGGAGAAGCUGACGGAGCUGAUGUUUGAGCACUACAACAUCCCUGCUUUCUUCCUGUGCAAAACUGCAGUUCUGUCUUCGUUUGCCAACGGUCGCUCCACAGGUGUGGUGCUGGACAGCGGAGCCACCCACACGACAGCCAUCCCGGUGCACGACGGAUACGUCCUUCAGCAAUGCAUCGUCAAGUCUCCCCUUGCCGGGGACUUCAUGACCAUGCAGUGUCGAGAGUUAUUCCAAGAGAUGAAUGUUGAAAUUGUUCCUCCCUACAUGAUUGCAUCUAAGGAAGCCGUCCGGGAGGGAGCACCUGCAGUGUGGAAGAAGAAGGAGAAGCUUCCUCAGGUCACACGUUCCUGGCAUAACUACAUGUGUAACACUGUGAUCCAGGAUUUCCAGGCCUCAGUGUUGCAGGUUUCUGAUUCACCUUACGAUGAACAGGUGGCAGCCCAGAUGCCCACGGUUCAUUAUGAGCUGCCCAACGGCUACAACUGUGACUUUGGAGCAGAGAGACUCAAAAUCCCAGAGGGGCUCUUUGACCCUUCGAAUGCCAAGGGUCUGUCGGGGAACACCAUGCUGGGAGUGGGCCAUGUGGUGACCACCAGCGUGGGAAUGUGUGACAUCGACAUCAGGCCGGGUCUUUAUGGAAGUGUCGUAGUGACAGGCGGAAACACUCUCAUACAGGGAUUCACAGAUAGGCUCAACAGAGAACUUUCACAGAAGACCCCACCGAGCAUGCGCCUGAAACUGAUAGCCAACAACACCACAGUGGAGCGUCGCUUCAGUGCCUGGAUCGGGGGCUCCAUCCUGGCGUCUCUGGGAACAUUCCAGCAAAUGUGGAUUUCCAAGCAGGAGUACGAGGAGGGUGGGAAGCAGUGCGUGGACAGGAAGUGCCCGUGAUCACCUCCGACAUUCUGCCUUUCAAGCCACACAAACCAAUUUAAUCUUUUCAGGGGACUCAGGAAAACCAAGGAUGUUUUGUAUAAUUUUUUUUUAACAAUAUAUUCCAUAUGUGGAUAAUUUUCUUCCUGUUUGUUUAGAAGACAUUUUGUGGUACACGUACACACCCAAGUUAAUACUAUAGUUAACUGCUAUUUUCCUACAAUGAAGACUCAUGGCUGUUAUCUUUCUGUUGAAUGUUCCAAUAUAGUUUUUGAUAGAACGUUUUUCUAACUUUUAGAUAAGAAACCAUUUCCCAAGAAAGCAGUAGUUUAGCGCCAAUAAAAUGACUGUGUUUGCAAUGAUGCAGGUUUUAACCCUGAUGAAACCCUGUUAAGUUCUUUGGUUAUUGUGUUUAUUUAUACAGAUAGCUAUAUUUUUACAGUUAAAAAGCAACUUGUCUACACAGGACAUCCGCAGUAAUUGUAGUAAGAAUCACUUGACUCUAAAUGCAUUGUUUCCAAUAAAAUCACUCACACGGCGCGUAAA